GUCAACAACGCUGAAGAUACAUCAUGAAGGUCCUACUCUCUACACUGGCCCUCAUCAUGAUGAUAGGCUACAGUCACCAGGAGGCGCUUUGUAGACCAGAGGACAUGGAAUGUCAGGUUGGGAAAGACCAGUGCUGCAACAACUUGGUCUGCAGGGAAAAGAAUCCCGCAUCUCCCAAAACAACAUGUCAGGAGAGAGAUACAACAUGCAGGGCAGAAGACCAGACAUGCGACCAAGACCUCAACUCCAGAUGUUGUGCAGGUAUGAUAUGCGAGAGAAACAAUUUGGGUGUUAAGAGAUGCAAACAGGUUGAGCUAUGUAAAACCCUUGGCAAUUCCUGUACUCCUGGCCUAACGAGUGAGUGCUGCUCUGAACUGACGUGUCAGCUGAAGCCAGGAAGCAUCCUACAGCACGAGUGCCAACCCAACUGUAAGGGAAGUAACGAGAAGUGUACGAUUGGCGUCAACAACUGCUGCUUCCCUUACAAGUGCAAGCAAAAGGGGGGACUUGCCGGAACUGUGUGUCUUCUCUAAACAUCAAAAGCACUAAAACCCAACUGCCAUCAAGAAAACUCAGUAAGAGACCCUUGAGGCAAAUGGAAAAGAUGACUGAUGAAAGCAACAAUGCAUUGCAGCGAUUGCAAGGGACAGAAUUUCCUAUUUCACAAAAAGUCUAUAGACCAGUUGAAUAAACAAAAUUAUUGCAAAAAU